AUGAUCCGAACAUGUGCCCUAUCGGCCGUUCGUGAUCAGGCACCCCACAGGAGCUUGAUCACCCAAACCGUGAAGAAAAGCACCAAAUCUUAUGGUUGUGCACUCCGGAAUAUUGGCAAGGCUGCGGGUUUUGUCGCAAUUGGAUGCUUGCGUCGUGUACGUCCUUGUGUUUUGCGACGCUCAAUGGAGGACGUGGCAUCGGAAGAUGCAGGCCUCUUAGGAGAUUCCCGCACCCUUCUGCAAUUUCACAAUGCUGAAUUUAUCAGAAGAGAAACGCAGGGAUUGAAUGAAAUUGAAUUGACUUUUGGAAGGGAUUAA